AAAAUACCUGUACUCCUCUUUCUUUCUCUCUUUAUCUUUGGCUUUCUCUCUCUCUGCAACAACGAUGGCACAAGCAUCAUCAUCAAAGAUGAUAUCGUUCAAGACCGCAGACGGUGACUUCUUCGAGGUGGAGCCGUCAAUUGCAAAAGAGAUGCAAACCGUGCAGAACCUCUUUGACGCUGACGCUGACACCGUCUCCGCCUCCGCCAUUCCCCUCCCCAAAGUAUCCACCCGAGAGUUCACCAGGAUCAUCGACUACUGCAAGAACCACCGUGCCGCCGGCAAAGCCAAGGAUUCCGACGACGAGUUCACGAAGGCGCUGAGCAACGAGGAGUUGAUGGAGCUGCUACUGGCCGCGAACUACCUGGGCAUGAAGGACCUGAUUGAAUUCCUCAGCCAGUGCAUUGCGGAUCGGAUUGCGAACAAGAGCGUGGAGGUCGUGCGGAAGCUCUUCCGCUUCACCGAUAGCGGUUAUACGCCGGAGGAAGAGGCUAAGAAACGUGAAGAGAAUGCCUGGACGUUCAAGGGCGUCGAUGCCGACGAUGAAUGAGGAUUGAAUUCUGCGGGUAUAGAAUUAGGGUUCCGUAGUGAUCUUAGAAAAUUGAAAUUGAAAUCAAUAUGCAAAUAGGGAUGAAUUUGAUUCUUGUGAUGAGAAUCCAUGGAAAUAUUUACUGUUAAAUUAUCAAUUUCAUUAGGGAUUUGGAUCCUCUCUCAA